UCCUCUUCAAAAUCAUCACUCAACACACAUACCAACCAAGAGUAUAAGCACAAUCUAAAAGCCAUUAAUUAAUUAGCACAUCUUAAUUAUUAUUCCAAAUGGCUUCAAAAAUUGCUAUUCUCCUUUCCAUCAACAUCCUAUUUUUCACUAUGGUUACCUCAACUAAUGUUUCAUGUCCUCCAUCACCCCCUAAAGUUCAAAAACCCCCCCAACAACCUUCCCCAAAACCCCCCCAACAACCUUCCCCAAAAUCCCCCCAACCACCUUCCCCAAAAUCCCCAACUUGUCCUAUAGACACACUUAAGUUUGGUGUGUGUGCUGAUUUAUUGGGUGUGGUUCAUAUUAUAAUUGGUAAGUCACAAUGUUGUUCACUCAUCGAUGGUCUUGCUAAUCUUGAUGCUGCUGUGUGCCUUUGCACUGCCCUUAAAGCUAAUGUGUUGGGAAUCAACCUUAAUAUUCCUAUUAACUUGAGCUUGAUACUUAACAAUUGUGGAAAGGGUGUUCCAAAGGGCUUCGUAUGCGCUUAAUUACUAAUUAGAGACACCACUACUUUAUAUGGUUGUGUCACAAUUUUCUUAAUUAUAUUCUUCAUUAUAUAGUGUGUGGAUUUUGUACUCUUUUGGUACUUAAUUGUCAUUUUCUUAUGAAUAAUACUUUGUAAUGGUUUGAAAUUGCCAUGAAUAAUAUUGUUGUGAUGGUUUUAAAUUGAAGCAUUAAUUUGUCUUCCUUUUCAAUAUCAAUACAAAUGGUGGUUUGUAUA